UACGCGAUGGCCGCUCGUUUAACAUUAUUUUGUUUUAGGACAUAAACAAAUAGUUCGUGAAAUAUUACGCUUUGUAUGGUAACUACACAGCACCGGGAAAGUAUCGACAUUGUUAGAACUGAGCUAUUGUGCCCACUGGCAAAAACGGAGUUAUCUUUUCAGUUUGAUACUCAGUGUUUUUCCCCGUUCGUCCUAGGCCUAGGUUCACUUGAGCGGCGGGUUGGUAGUUUCGGAUGAAACGGGCAAUCGGUUUGAAAGAGGCAGGUUCGGUUAGGCGAGUGAAUGACGAUUAGCAAGCUAACUUAGGUCGAUCUUUGCAUCGUUGUACAGAAAUAAUAUUUUGAAUAACCACUUUUAAAUUUAUGAAACUUAACUAGCUAGUUGGGAUUUGAAUAGCUAGCUAGGUAACAAGCUAACUUGUUAAAUGAAACUGAGUAUGGUAGCAGCUAACGCUAGCUACACAUGCUAAUCUAGUUUAGAUAUAGCUAGUUAGUUAAGGUGAUCCGAAGUAUAUAACUAACGUUACAAUAAGCUACCGUAGUUAUCUAAAUCAUAACUAGCGGGUUGAAAAUAGUGGAAUCCUAUCAAAACACAGCUAGCUAGCGUGUGACGUUGUCAUUGUUUUGACAGCAGCACCAGGCUGGAGCGAGUUUACAGUAUGCCAGAGUUAUAGCAUGGAUCCAGACAGUGAGCCGGAUACACAACGAGCUCUCAGUUUGCAAUGGAAGAGCUAUAAGCUCGUCCAAGACCCAGCCAUCCGGAGGGUUAACAACAAAAUAUACCGAUAUGAUGGGGUGCAUUUCAGUGUGCCGGACUCGGGGUUCCCCCCAGUGGGAGAUUUGCGGGACCCUCGACCUCGUAGAAUCUGGUCCAGGCACACAGAGAUGGCCCUGCCAGUGCCCAAGUUCAAACUGGAUGAGUUCUACGUGGGCCCCAUUCCCCUCAAGGAGGUGACCUUCGCUCGCCUCAAUGACAACAUCAAGGAACCCUUCCUAAGAUAG